AUGGCAUCGCCUCUGCCCUGGCUCUACAUGAUUCUAUGGGUAGAAAAUAUCGUAGGGAAACUUGAAGAUGAAGGAAACCUCUACUCCAAAAACAUCAGUCGGAUCCUGGACAACUUACUUGAAGGCUAUGACAAUCGGCUGCGACCGGGAUUUGGAGGUGCUGUCACUGAAGUCAAAACAGACAUUUACGUGACAAGUUUUGGGCCCGUGUCAGAUGUGGAGAUGGAGUAUACAAUGGACGUUUUCUUCCGCCAGACUUGGACUGAUGAGAGGUUGAAGUUUGGGGGACCAACUGAGAUUUUGAGUUUGAAUAACCUGAUGGUCAGCAAAAUCUGGACACCUGACACGUUUUUCAGGAAUGGCAAAAAAUCAAUUGCUCACAAUAUGACAACUCCUAACAAACUCUUCAGAAUAAUGCAGAAUGGAACCAUUCUAUAUACCAUGAGGCUUACCAUCAACGCUGACUGUCCCAUGAGGCUGGUGAACUUUCCAAUGGACGGGCAUGCUUGUCCACUCAAGUUUGGGAGUUAUGCUUACCCCAAAAGUGAAAUCAUAUAUACAUGGAAGAAAGGACCACUUUACUCAGUGGAAGUCCCAGAAGAAUCUUCAAGCCUCCUUCAAUAUGAUCUGAUUGGACAAACAGUAUCUAGUGAGACAAUCAAAUCUAACACAGGUGAAUACGUAAUAAUGACAGUUUAUUUCCACUUGCAAAGGAAGAUGGGCUACUUCAUGAUACAGAUCUAUACUCCUUGCAUUAUGACGGUCAUUCUUUCCCAGGUGUCCUUCUGGAUUAAUAAGGAGUCUGUUCCGGCCAGAACUGUCUUUGGGAUCACCACUGUUUUAACCAUGACCACUCUAAGCAUCAGUGCCAGGCACUCCUUGCCAAAAGUGUCUUAUGCGACCGCCAUGGAUUGGUUCAUAGCUGUUUGCUUUGCUUUCGUCUUCUCUGCGCUUAUUGAGUUCGCAGCUGUCAACUACUUUACCAAUCUUCAGACACAGAAGGCCGAAAGGAAGGCACAGAUUGCAGCCUCAUCGCCAGUGACAAUAGCAAAAGCGACUGAACCCUUGGAAGCUGAGAUUGUCUUGCAUCCUGAUUCCAAGUACCAUCUGAAGAAAAGAAUCACCUCUCUGACAUUGCCAAUAGUUCCAUCCCCCGAGGCCAGCAAAGUCCUCACAAGAGCUCCCAUCUUACAGUCAACACCUGUCACACCCCCACCCCUCUCUCCAACCUUUGGAGGUACCAGUAAAAUAGACCAGUAUUCUCGGAUUCUCUUCCCAGUUGCAUUUGCAGGAUUCAACCUUGUAUACUGGAUAGUUUAUCUUUCAAAAGACACAAUGGAAGUGAGCAGCAGUGUUGAAUAG